CAUCUCCUUCAACUAGUUGCAAAAGCACACGUUCUUCCAGUUCCAUCAGCCAUGCCUGGAACAGCUACUGCCGCUGUUGUUGACAGCCGCCCGUGCACACAGCACGCGGAAGGCCCUGCUGCGGUCCUCGCCAUCGGCACUGCAAACCCCACAAAUAUCGUCUAUCAAGAUGGGUUUACCGACUACUACUUCGGUCUAACCGAGAGCGAGCAUCUUACUGAGCUGAAGGACAAAAUGAAGAGAAUAUGUCACAGGUCAGGAAUAGAGAAACGCUACAUCCACCUUGAUGAAAAGCUCAUCCGUGAGCACCCGGAGAUCAUCGACAAACACAUGCCCUCCCUUGAAACUCGUGUAGACAUCGUCACCACUGAGAUCCCAAAGCUCGCUGAGUCCGCCGCACGGAAGGCCAUCGCCGAGUGGGGCCGUCCUGCCAUUGAUAUUACCCACCUCAUCUUCAGCACCUACUCCGGGUGCAGUGCUCCUAGCGCUGACCUCAAGCUGGCAUCACUACUCGGGCUCAACCCUUCUGUCUCUCGCACCAUCCUCAGCCUCCACGGUUGCUCUGGAGGCGGUAGGGCCCUCCAACUUGCCAAGGAGCUUGCCGAGAACAACCGCGAUGCACGCGUUCUCAUAGCCUGCGCCGAGCUGACGCUGAUAUGCUUCUCAAACCCAGAUGAAAGCAAAAUCGUCGGCCAUGGACUAUUUGGGGAUGGUGCCGGAGCAAUCAUUGUCGGCGCUGACCCAUUGGUCGAUGGAGAACGCCCGCUGUUUGAGAUGGUCCUUGCCUCGCAAACAACGAUACCAGGUACUGAGCAUGCACUUGGCAUGCAGACCACCAGCAAUGGCAUAGAUUUCCACCUCUCUAUCCAGGUGCCGACGCUAAUCAAGGACAACAUCCGACAAUGCUUGCUCAACACAUUCCGAUCGGUUGGAAACAUGGAUCCUAAUUGGAAUGACCUCUUCUGGGCGGUGCACCCUGGUGGCCGUGCAAUCCUUGACAACAUAGAAGGUGAGCUUCAGCUGCAACCAGCAAAGCUUGCGGCAAGCCGCCAUGUGCUUAGCGAGUACGGGAAUAUGAGUGGCACGACGAUCGCGUUUGUUCUUGAUGAGUUGCGUUGUCGUCGGGAGAAGGAAGGAGAUGAGCAUCAACAACCUGAGUGGGGAGUAAUGCUAGCCUUUGGACCAGGUAUCACAAUAGAGGCAAUGGUGUUGCGUAACCCACUCUCAUGAAGUCUUGAUGAAAAUUAAUGGCCACAAUCUUAUGCUUCUCCGGUAUUUUAUUACAGUGUAUGGUAACUAAUUAAUGCAUGACAGUAAAUCAAUUGUUCAUGCUUAAGUGGGAUUAUGUCCUAGCGGUGAUGUAUUGAUGUUGUGGAGUUCCUUUCUAAUGUUUGUGAAGAUAUUUGAGCUGUCAACUACUCAACUCUAGUACAUGUUGUAAGUAAACUCUUUAUUGCUUUCAUAUGCCCUCUGAUUGUUAAGUUUUUUGGAUUUGUAACAAAAUUUGUAAUACCCUAUGUAUAAUUAAAA